AUGGAGGAACCGACACCGAUAACAAAGUCUCUGCAUAGACUUUGCGUCGAGAACGGGCGCUUCCAAGUCCACCCUCUUUUCUGGACUUCCAAGCAUCUACAAGUCCUCCACUGCCACUUCAAUCACGUCGACUCUGCCUUGCCCUCCUUCGCCCUCCCACCAUCGCCACCGCUCUCGCCCAGCAGCGACACCGAUCCCGAUCCCUACCUCGCACGACUUGUUCCAAUGCUGAUAGAUGGCCCAUUUCUAAGAACCAAGUUCGCCGCUUUCAACAGAUUAAUGCGUGCUCAUGGCAUCAUCAACGCCAGCACUCGACCCUAUUUUGUUUACAACAAACUCAAGCUCCAUGUACCAGAAUGCGAGGUUUUCACGUUAAACGACGCAUAUAAACUCGAGGUGCGGCCGGUCGUUGGAAACUUUCACUACGAUGAACUCGUAAGGAUGCGAAAGCGAGCGCUCAAGCCCCCACGCCAUCCCGUGCCUGGCUCCUCCAACCUUCCCGGCAAGAGACUCUACGAGCGUCAAUUGCGAGAGUUAACUCCCGCCCUAUGGUUUGAGGACCCGUACUUGGUCUGCGUCAUGAUCUCCCUGGCUCAAAUCCAAUGGAAGAUCCGGAAAGGGACGGGAAAUGCUUAUUUCGUCCGAUUACUUGUUACCAGCACCUCUGAUACCACCCACGCACACGUCUUUCAAGCCGACAUCCCCCCGAAACUCCUCCGCGCGCUUGACAACCCGACUGAAGACAUGGACAAUCUCGUCUGGCCAGCGAUCCGACACAUUCAGGUCCCAUUCGAACCGCAUGCGAGCUUCUCGGAGCGAGUCGCGGGACAAUUGCUCGCUGGUCUCAAGACACAAGCGCCGGAGGAGACAACCCUGGGACAGAAGCGCAAACGUGAUGAGACGGAAACCGAGGAGAUAAAGAGCGUCAAGGCCUGGGAUGGUGCUGUCCAGGUUGCGGUUGCGCCACUGGCUAAUGGCUGA